CUGUUAACCGACUCACUCACUGCACAACGUACUUGAAGCUUCUCCCUUGUCUCGUGACACUUGUUUCUCCCCUCUUUCUCUCAACUUUUUCGACAUUCAAUCAAUUUCUAUUAUACGAAAUGGCUUCCGCCGCCGGUUGCAUCUUCUGCCGCAUCAUCAAGGGUGAAAUCCCUUGCUUCAAGCUUUUCGAGAGCGACAAGACCCUCGCUUUCCUCGACAUUGGCCCCCUCAGCAAGGGUCAUGCUCUCGUCAUCCCCAAGUACCACGGCGAGAAGCUGGCCGAUAUUCCCGAUGACCACCUCGCUGAGGUCCUGCCCACUCUGAAGAAGAUUGUCAACGCAACCGGUGCCACCGACUACAACAUCCUUCAGAACAACGGCGCGAUCGCCCACCAGGAGGUCAAGCACGUUCACUUCCACAUGAUCCCCAAGCCCAACGAGAAGGAGGGCCUCGGCGUUGGAUGGCCUACCCAAUCACCUGAUAUGGAUGCGCUCAAGGCGUACUACGAGGAUAUCAAGUCCAGGAUUUGAGUCGGCAAUUCUGUGCAGUGUAAAGACAACGCAUCAUUGAUGAUAGCUGCGGCCUUUAAAAGCGUUUCACAGCAAGGGUCCCUGGUUUCACUAUCUAGUUGCUAGGUAGAAUCAGAUGUCACGGCCUAAAUACAAUGAUGAUCACUAAGU